GGGGGCGGUGCGCGCAUGCCCGCCCGGCGCGGCCCCGGCACGGCGCGCGCCUCCUCCUGGGCCGGGCGGUGCGCGGCGAGCAGCGGGAACACCAUGGAGGCCGCUCCGCAGCCCCGGCCCCGGCCCGGAGGGGCCGCCGCCGCCCCGCCGCCACCCCCGGAGCAGGAGCGGAAGCUGGAGCAGGAGAAGCUGUCGGGGGUGGUGAAGAGCGUCCACCGGCGGCUGCGCAAGAAGUACCGGGAAGUGGGAGACUUUGAUAAGAUCUGGCGUGAGCACUGUGAGGAUGAGGAAACUCUGUGUGAAUAUGCUGUGGCAAUGAAAAACCUUGCAGAUAAUCACUGGGCAAAAACUUGUGAAGGGGAAGGCCGAAUUGAAUGGUGUUGCAGUGUAUGCCGAGAAUAUUUUCAGAAUGGUGGAAAAAGAAAAGCACUUGAGAAAGAUGAAAAAAGAGCACUUCUUGCUUCUAAAACCACUCCAGCUUUAAAUAUUCCUCAGACUCCCAAGAUUGAAGAUCCUUUGCCAAACUUUGGCUUGACAAAUCACGAAGCUGUGACAGAAGAGUUCCUUCACUCCUUGGGAAAGAUCAGAUUACUUGAUGUUGGUAGCUGCUUUAACCCAUUUCUGAAGUUUGAAGAGUUUCUGACAGUUGGCAUAGACAUUGUACCAGCUGUUGAGAGCGUAUACAAAUGUGACUUCCUAAAUCUUCAAAUUCAGCAACCUCUUCAACUGGCACAAGAUGCUAUAGAUGCCUUUCUUAAGCAACUGAAAAAUCCCAUUGAUUCUCUACCUGGAGAAUUGUUCCAUGUUGUCGUUUUCUCGCUCCUUCUUUCUUACUUUCCAUCACCCUAUCAACGAUGGAUAUGCUGCAAGAAGGCACAUGAACUUCUCGUAUUAAAUGGCUUAUUGCUUGUAAUAACUCCUGAUUCAUCUCAUCAGAAUCGCCGGGCUAUGAUGAUGAAAAGCUGGAAAAUUGCCAUCGAGUCCUUGGGUUUUAAACGCUUCAAGUAUUCCAAGUUUUCUCACAUGCACCUGAUGGCAUUUAGGAAAACUUCCCUGCAAACAACAAGUGACUUAGUUAGCAGGAACUACCCGGGGAUGUUGUAUAUCCCACAGGAUUUCAACAGUAUAGAGGAUGAGGAGUAUUCCAGCACUGCGUGCUAUGUUCGGUCAGACACAGAGGAUGAACAGCUAGCUUACGGUUUCAUGGAGCUACCUGAUGCUCCCUACGACUCAGACUCUGGAGAAAGCCAGUCUAGUUCUAUUCCUUUCUAUGAGCUAGAAGAUCCUAUAUUGCUUCUAAGUUAAUGUAGUUGUUGAAAUGCCCAUUCAGUCAAACCUCUUGCUUAACUAAUUUUGCUAUACUAACAUGGGCUCAACACAGAAAAAUGGUUUGCAUAAAGAAAAUGCAAAGGUUUACAGAGUUUGCUAUUUUUUUCUACUUUUGAAUUUUAAAAUUUAUUCUUGUAUGAAAGUGAAAAAAUACAAGUUUUAUGCAAAUGGCUCGUGUCAUAGCAUAAAUUGCUGUUACUUUCUUUAGAUUUGUAUCACUAUUUUUUUUUUCCAGAAAGGUACCAUUCUUUUCUUUAGUGCUGUGAAGUGUGAAUUCUAUUUAAUUUGUUAAAUGUUGUUUCAGUAUUUUAACUCAAUGUGGUUGAGCUUAAGGCACUGGAGUUGGUGGUCUUCUGAGAAGUAUAUGUAGGAAGAAAUAAUUUGCACUUUAAUUAAAUGUGCAGAUAAGAUACUUGGUUACAAAUGUCCUUUCUUAAUUAUGAAACAAAACUUUUUUUCUUCCAAAAUUUGUUUCACUCUGGUUAAGCCGGGGCUGGAGAAACAAUAAUGCUUGCACAUUUGAUUCUAUGUUUAUUGCAGCCCUUGUAACGUGACACCAAAACACUGGAAUAUAUUCAUCCGUAGUUCUACAUACUGUGUAAUUUCAUUACAUAAAUAGCAAUUUCUGAAGAGGCUUUUCCUCCAGAGGAGUAUGGUACGUCUAGACAAUUAUGUUUCACUUCAAAGCUGGAAUAUGUUUUGCAGUUUUCUGAAUAUACAAGCACUAAUGUAUAUCAGUAUUUCCCCAACUAUGGUGUUCUGUAUUCUUUUCCAACUGUGUUUUUCUGGGGGACAAAGUGGGUUUUGUCAUGUUUUAAAGUAAAUUAUUUAUGCAUUUUAAAAAGAAACAACUUUUUCAUUAAUUGUCCUUAUUUGUAGACCUAAGUUAGCCAGUGACUACAAGUUUUUCAAGGAUACACAUAUUUGCAUAAAGCCAUGUAAUUCAGACCACACACAUGAAUUUAACACAUGGGGUUUUUUUGUUUAUUAGGACCCAGCUGACUUCAGUUAAAUAAAAACUCCAUAGCUGACUGAAAACUGGUCUGCACGGUAAAGAGAUUAAACAUCUAUUUUUACAUCUAUUAAGUUUUUACCUUGUGUAAUGAAUUGUGAGUUUUUGCAGGAAAAAUCAGUUCUGUUCAGUGGUUAAAAAAAGAGGAUUCAUUAUUAGUUUAAUUUAGAUUUUCCUCCAUUUAAAAUAAUGGCCAGAAUUUUCAGAUUUGGUUAUUAGGCUCUUAAAUCUAUAUCUAAGUGCCUAGUGGUAAAUUAUUAGAACUAGGUGCCAGAUCAUGACUUAUUUCACAUUCUGAAAAUUGGUAAAAAAAUACUAAUACAGUUUCACAGGUUAUUGUGGUGAAAUAUCUUAAAAGAUGAAAUAUCUUACAUUGAACUGCCAUGUUGUAUUUAUAAUAUAAAAGUUGCUAGAUAAACUGAAGUUGUAGUGUGGAUUUUACAGUGCUUGCUACAAAAAUGAAACUUACUCCUUCCGUUGAAGUUUUGCACUGAAUGUGUCACAGUUUGUCCUACCUGUUUUUCUUUUAUAGUAUUUCCUACAUAGAGUAAUCGCAUUGGUCCAGCUUACACUCAGAUGUGAUCUGGACUCUGGUAUUGUAUUCUUUGACAUAAGCUUUUUUGUGUCUCUUUUUAACUUUAAAGCAUUCCCAAAUUCCUAAUUCAAAUUUGUUAUUCAAUCUGGAUUAUAGAGUUAUACAAACCAAACAAUUAUAUUUUGAUGUGUAAAAAGAAAAAAAAAAUAAGGUUAGACAUACAAGAGUCAUGGUUCACUUGCUAAUUUUUGUUAAAAGAGAAUACUUCUCUAAUGAAAUACACAAUGGCUUCAGAAUUGGCUUUUAGUCAGUAUUUUCAUUAAAAUGUUUGUCAUUGAAAGCCUUUCUUCCCAAUUAACCACUGGUUCCAGCAGUGUUCAUGUUAAAAUAUUGCUGCUGUAAAUUCACCUGUUUAUGGGAGGUUAAUAUGUGCAUUCUUCAAAGUAUGCAUAAUAUUUUAACUGAUAUUCAAUUUAGAAACUAGUACACCAUCAAACAUGUGUUGGCAUUGAUUACUGUAAAUUGGUUUGUGAUUCAUACACAAAGAAAUGCAAUUCAGAACAAGAUUUAUCCCCCAAAAUAGCUUAAAUACUGAGAUUUAAAGUUUAAUCCUUUUUGGGAGGUUGGUGACAACGCUGGUUUAGGGACCUGAGAUUCAUAACAGCUUGGUUUUCUUGCUGAUCAUUCUGAAUGCCCAAAGUGGGUUUAUUGGUUAUUUGGUUUUGUGGGGUUUUUUUCUUUUUUGGUUUGGUUUGUAUUGUUUUUUUUCACAAGGGACAGUAGAUUGUGGUGAAGGAGGAAAGUAUGAUUUACAUAAAUACUUACAUCUCCCUUAAUAAUAAAGUGAUGAUAUCAGGAGUUAUUGUAUAUUUGACUUCAGUGCAAGAAUAUUAUUUCUAGGUUAUGAAAUAUUUGAAAAUUAUGACUGUGCAAAGUGCUGGAGAAGAAAAGGAAGAAAACAUGUUGGCAUCUCUGUUGUCUUUUAUGUCACUACUUUUGUGAACAAAGCACAUUUAUUAAAAAAAAAAUCUCAAAAACCAAAAA